AUGGAGAACAACACGACCACCUUUCACGAUAUCAGUCGGGUUGUGAACCUGACAGAAAUGCCUCUGAACCCUCUUGAAGAACAAGUCAUAACAAUAUUUUUGACAAUGCUCAUUUGUGGAGUUGGGAUUGCUGGGAAUAUCAUGGUGGUGCUGGUUGUACUGCGCACUAAACACAUGGUGACCCCUACUAAUUGUUACCUUGUCAGCUUGGCUGUCGCAGACCUCAUUGUGCUCUUGGCUGCAGGCCUGCCUAAUAUCUCUGAUGUUGUAGCCUUCUGGAUAUAUGGCUACACAGGAUGCUUGUGUAUAACUUAUCUUCAGUACCUGGGCAUCAAUGUGUCAUCCUGCUCCAUCACAGCAUUCACCAUUGAAAGAUACAUUGCCAUUUGUCACUCCAUAAAGGCACAGUUCAUAUGUACUGUUUCCCGAGCUAAGCGAAUCAUAGCUGGGGUCUGGAUCUUCACCUCACUCUACUGCACAAUGUGGUUCUUUUUAGUGGACACAGAUGAGACUGUCUAUACCAACGGGGUGGUUGUCACCUGUGGCUACCGUGUCUCCAGGAGUCUCUACAUGCCAAUUUAUUUCCUUGACUUCACUCUGUUUUACGUGAUCCCGCUCAUUGUGGCCACUGUGCUGUAUGGGCUCAUUGCCAGGAUUUUGUUCAUGAGCCCUCUACCGUCGCAUCUCAACGACCGAGCCGGAGGAGGGUCAGUUCAUCAGGGGCACUCUAACACCACCAACAAAGUCAACAAGGGUGCAGUCUCUGCAAGAAAACAGAUAACAAAGAUGCUGGCUGUAGUGGUCAUCCUCUUCGCCUUGCUCUGGAUGCCUUACCGAACGUUGGUGGUGGUCAACUCCUUCAUUGACCCACCUUACCACAACACCUGGUUCCUGCUCUUCUGCCGGAUGUGCAUCUACACCAACAGUGCCAUCAACCCCAUCGUUUAUAAUCUCAUGUCUCAGAAGUUUCGUGUUGCAUUCAAAAAGCUCUGCAAGUGCCACUGGGGACAGAGGGAGGCUGAGUACAAUGUGCCGAUGUAUUACAGCGUGAUGAAGAAUUCAUCCCAUGAGUGCAACGAGCCAGUCACAGAGCAAGAAGACGUCAGUUACCACAUCACUCACAGGUCAAACAUGACAGAUGAUGAAGCAGUCAGCAUUUCUUCAUGA